AUGGAGAGAAGAAAUCAAACUGUGUUGGAGGAGUUCAUCAUCCUGGGAUUUUCCAGCCUCCGGGAGAUGCGACUCUCACUCUUCAGUGGGUUUUUGUUUACUUACCUCCUUACCCUAUUUGGGAACACCUGCAUCAUCAUCCAUGUUUUGGUGGACCAGAGACUCCACACUCCCAUGUAUUUCUUUCUUGGGAACCUGUCCUUUCGGGACCUCUGUUCUACCACCACCACCAUCCCCUAGAUGCUGGUUCAUCUCCUCUCUGAGAGGAGCAACAUCUCCUACAAGGGCUGUGUGCUGCAACUUUACUUCUUCUUCUCCUUCAUGGGCACCGAGUGCCUCCUGCUGGCAGCCAUGGCCUUUGACAGCUAUGUUGCCAUCUGUAACCUGCUGUGUUACACGCUGAUUGUCAACAAAAGCAUUUGCCUCCAGCUGGCAGCUGCCUCCUGGAUAAGUGGCUUCCUUAACUGUGCAAUACACACAGUCUUCACCUUCUGGUUACCCUUCUGUGGAGACAACCGUAUUGAUUACUUCUACUGUGUUAUCCUGCCACUGCUGGAGCUGUCAUGUGAGGACACCUCUCUCAACAAACUCCUGUUGCUCUGCAUUGGCAUCUUCAUAGCCUGGACCCCCUUUGCCUGCAUUCUUCUAUCAUACACUUAUAUCAUCCAACCAUACUCAACUAUACUGAAGAUGCCUUCUUCCAAGGGGAAGAGGAAGGCAUACUCCACCUGUUCGUGA